AUGACUGAUAAAUUGGUGACUGAUAACAAACGUCCUACUCCGCCAACAAAUCCUAUCACGCCUAGGGUUUCCUACUCCUCCAAACUCAAGGAUGAUACUGCCAAACCCUCGGAUGUUUUGGCACAAGACUUUUGUUCUCUCCAUCCGGUAAAGAAAAAUAAUGUUCUCAUGUUUGACAUUCCAGAUGAUCUAUAUCAAGAACAAUUACAGAGCUUUAAAUUUGCUCUUCAUGCAAGAAUCAUUCUGCAAAAAGGAGAUACUCCAAGAGUUGCUAAAGAUAUUCAAACAGAACUACAAUCCAUCUGGUCCAUCGCUGAAUCUUGGCAGGUGAUACCUAUUGGAAAAGGGUACUUUACCCUCCGAUUCUCUGGCGAACGUGAUUUGGCCCUGGCUAAAUCCAAAGCGUUCUGGAAGUUAAAGACCGGAAUUCUAAAAAUUAGAGAAUGGACACCUCUCUUCAAUCCAUACAAGGAAUCGUCUUCUUUAUCUCAAGUAUGGAUGAGGAUUUAUUAUCUUCCCCACGAAAUAUGGCAUCCGGAGGUUAUCUCGGGCAUAGCACGAUCGGUUGGAUCACCGAUCAAAAUUGACGGCUCUACUUUUUUGGGAUCGGUGGGUCACUUUGCUAGGGUUCUCAUGGAGAUUGACAUGACGAAAGAAAUCAUCUACUCUCUGAGGGUGAAUAGGGGAUCAGCUUCGUUUGAUAUUGAAUUUGUUUAUGAAAAUUUGCCAUAUUUUUGCGGUGUGUGCAGAAAGGUGGGACACUCUUCUGAUAAAUGCAGAAAUAAUAAGGAUCAUAAAGAGACUCAAGGCUCGGAAGAGAAGUAG